CCCAUAAAUGGUAUUGCUAUAUAUCUACACUAAGAUUGUCCUCACAUUCUCAGAGGUUCUCCGCUUAAGAAGAGCCACUAGUCUCGGGCCACAAUAAGCCACGUGUCCUCCACAGAUGGCCAAGAGUGGCACUCGGAAGGUUUUGACUUUUAUUCUCAAAUAAUCUGAAUCAAAACUCUUUCUUGUUUCUACUAUUCAAUCAUUAUUAUUCCCUUUGUUGAGAUCAAAUGAACAUGGACAUGGAUUCUAAAAGUCAAACAAAUUUGGAGCUUGUCAAUGUGGCCAUCCACAAGCUCAUGGACGAAAGAAAAAUCAGAGAAGCCUCUGGUGGUGGUGACGAUGACGAUGAUCACAUCCUCCUCUCCCAGUUGCUCUCUCAGUUGGAGUUGGUAAAAGGAGAAAAUAGUAGCCUUGAUCAGCAACCAAAACCUUCAAAGGUACCACAAGAAGAUCAUAUUAAAGAAGUGAAAAUAAAGUGUAAGACUACAACAAAUGAUCAAUCCAAAAAGAGUGGCAGUACUGAAUCUAAUAAUAAUAAUAAUAAUGGUGAUAAUGUUGACAAAUAUGAUGAUGAAAGGAUUAUCGUAAAAGAAUUGAAAGAGAUUAAGGGACAGAACAGUGUGACACACUGGCUUCUCUCCAUCAUGAUGGUGCUGACAGUGGCAUGGCAAGUAUCUGGGGUUUCUCUCUUAUUGAAAGUAAAAAAUAAGGUUAAGUAUGGAAUGAACCACCCUUUUAAGUUGUUGGAAGGAAUGGUUACAGGGAUCAAUAAUGAAGAAUCAACUUACAGCCUUAUGGAAGCUCCUUCUUCAGUACUUCCUUCUCUCAAAAUUCCAGACCUUCCUCACUUGGAAUUACCAGAUUUAACAUCUGCAAUCACUACCUCUACCUCUACCACUACUAAUAAUAAUAUUCAUAAACAAAACUGACCACUUUCUUUAAUUAGUUGAUGAUCGAAAACAAUAACAAAGGUCAAAUCUUGGACCUAAUACCUUUGCCUUUUCUUUUCAUUAUAUAUUUUUUGGUCUGCUAUGUCUGGUUUAUUUAGAGAGAAAAGUUCUAAAUUUUGUAAAUUACUUUUGUAUCUAUUGAAAAAUAUCGACACCUGUUGUAUUUAUUGUUUUUCUCAUAACCAUUUAUUUAGACACCAUUUUGGUCUAGAAGAGAGUUGUCUAAGUAUAUAUACAUCUAUUACAUAUAAUA